AUUUAGGUUGCAUUCUACUGUUAGACUUGAAAUUUUGAUAUAUAGAAAACAUUUUUUGGUAUAAAACCUGCUGUCCAUUGAGUUCACUUUCCUUCUAAUCCAUUAUGAUAUAUGAAACUGCUUCUUACUGUCCUGAAUUUUCUUUCAAAUGUUUUUGCUUUCUGCAAGUUUGUUUGACAUUCUUAUGUAAAUUUUUAUGACCUUAAACUUGGAGAUAUAAUUAUGCCAGCUCCAAUGGCAAGGCACAAAUUCCUAGAAUAAAACCCUUAUCCCUAAGGAAUUCCAUUGGAGGGUUGAAUGAAUUCUAUUGCUGAUCUGGCUGUGAAGUAUGACUAAUGAAAUUGGAACACUUGCAGGUUGGUUGAUGUUGUUGCACCUGCUGAAAUCCUGCACAGAAAGGAAAUGGCCAGUGUUGGUAGUAGUUCAGUUAGUCCUCUUGAUAGUCCACAAGUAGAUGAUGAUAGUCUACAGGUCACUUGUUUCACUGAGGAUCUUCAUGAUGUAAUUUUCCAUUUUCAGAUAAUACGGCUCAAGAAACAGAUAUAUACAUGGAUUGGAUGCAACACUACCAAAUUUGGGCAUUUAUAUGCAGCUGCACCUACUCGACCUAACAAUACGGUGAGUGUAACAUCAAUACUUGGAGGGACCUCUGACAACACGGGAUCAAGCAUUGCUCGACGAUUAGUGUUAAAGACUGGCCUCAGUGUAAUUGUGGCUUGCAACAUUCCUAAGAACAGUCCCAUGCUUGAGGCGGAUGCAGAGAGAAAGUUAAUAGAGAAGCUGACGGCUCUCAGGUACACGAUACCAAAAUCUCAGGGAUUGGCCCUCACAUAGUCGAGAGUUUCUUUGGCAAACUUACAUAGUUGAUGAUUGAAGCUAACAUAUUAUGUAUCAGUAAUUUAUAUG